CCCGAAGAUCCGAGACUCUCAUCACUAUCGUUUUCUCCUCUGUUUUCUCCGUUUUCCAACUUCCAAUGCGCGGCAAACCCUAAUCCUCAGCUUUGGUAAAUGCUGCGCGGUAACAACGUAUGUUGGCCAUUUGAUCAUUGUUAAGCCCUCAGGUUGUAAUUUUUCAACUAGCAGAACAAGUUUUUGCCUCAGAAAAUUCAUCCGUCAAUUUGACCUCUAUUAUGGGGCGCAGUGACUCUAGAUCACCUGCCAGGGGUCGUGGAUCUCCUCGUAAGAGGAGCCCUUCACGCAGGGAAAGGUCACCUGCUCGGAAAAAGAGUUCACAUGCUGCAAGUUCAGCUGUAGCAGAGAAGCCUUCAAACCGUAAUAGGUCCCCGAGACGUGCAAGGUCAAGAUCUCUUGUUCCUCUUUCACCUGCAACAGAGAGGCCAUCUAGUCGCAAUAGGUCCCCAAAGCGCAGAAAAUCAAUCUCCCCUGCAUCUCACUCCCCAGUCAGAGAGAAACCCUCGAGUCGCACGAAGUCUCCCAAACGAGCUAAGUCAAGGUCUCCUGAUUCGAGGUUGUUACAGGUAGAGAAGUCUUCAGGCCGAGUCAGGUCUCCUAGACGUGCCAAGUUGCAGUCUCCUGAAUCUCGCUCACCCUCACCACGAACAAAAAGACUAAGGAGAGCAGAACAAGAGACUGAAGAAAAGACAAGGGGGCGCGAGCCUGAGAAAAACCAUGGGAGAGCUAGUGGUAGGGCUGCUCUACAUAGGGAGAAGGAUUCUGAUAGAACAGUGCCUGAAUCCCGUUCACCGUCACCACGAACAAAAAGACUAAGGAGAGCAGAACGAGAGACUGAAGAAAACUCGAGGGAGCGAGAGCCUGAGAAAAAUCAUGGGAGAGCUAGUGAUAGGGCUACACAUAGGGAAAAGGAUUAUGACAGAACGGUGCUUGAGUCCCGUUCACCGUCACCACGAACUAAAAGACUAAGGAGAGCAGAACCAGAGACUGAAGAAAAGUUGAAGAUACGGGAGCCCGAGAGAAAUCAUGGAAGAGCUAGUGAUAGGGCUACACAUAAGGAAAAAGAUUCUGACAGAAUGGUGCAAAAUGAAAGGAGAGAGAAAAGAUCAGGAAAGGAUGCACUGGAUAAUGGAUCUUCUAAGUCAAGAAAUGGUCGAUCAGCUUCACCUUCAGAACGUCAGCAUAGGAGUCGGCACAGAUCGAGAUCACCUGCAGCAGCGGACACGAGAGCACGCGAUGAGAUGACAAGCUCAAGGAGAGGUGAACUCAGGAAUGGUGAUGAUGACUCCUUAUCUAAAAUGCAGGCGGCAGAGGAGGCCUUGCAAGCUAAAAAUAAAGACAAGCCUUCGUUUGAGCUCUCUGGAAAGCUUGCAGCAGAAACUAAUCGAGUAAGAGGUAUAACACUUCUCUUUAAUGAGCCACCAGAUGCUAGAAAACCCGACGUACGAUGGCGCUUGUAUGUUUUUAAGGGUGGUGAAGUCCUUAAUGGUAUAUUUGCUGGAUCCUUCUAUUUAUUCAUUCUUCCAUCGUAGUGUAUGUUUCUUUUGAAUUGCUUCAUACGUGGCUCCGUUUAUUUUUUAAUUAUUUUAUUUUUCGUUGACUUGUAAUACUCAAAAUUUAACAAAUGUAUUAUAUGUGCCUUCUUAAAUUGUAGUGUCAAUUUGCCAAUAAUUAGCACAUUGUAUUCCUUUUUAUUUGUUUAAUAAUCAUAGUGUUGGGACAGCCUGCUUCUUGAGAUGCAUUAUAUGUAUCAUUUGCACCUACCAAGUACGCGUGCAUUCCUUUUCUUUUGGGGGGGACGCUGAACAUAUCAUUCAUAUCUGCCUACUGAUAUAUGUCUUUGUUUGUUGUAAUGUGGUCAGUAGAAAUCAUAAUCCAUGGAUGGCAUCCAUUCCACCUGCCACUGCUAGUAAUUCAAGUGUAAACUUGGUUCAAGUUUAAUGUCCUAUCUGACUUUUGCUUGCCUUUAAAGAUGAAAUAUGGUAGGAUUAUGUGAGAUUCCCAGUAGUUUAACAAAACUAGAUGGUCUUCCUCUUAGUUUGUAAAAUUCCAGAAACCUGUAUUCGCUAAGAGUCACUUAGGAUGGUAUCCAUUUUGAGAAUAAUUUGACCCAAUCACUCUGAUGACAUUCUUUUGUUAGGUUUUUUCUUGUAUUUUUGCAACUGAUUCAUGCAUUAUAUCCAAUUCUGUAAUACGUCUAAGGUCAUGACCUAUACAGUCUUACAAAUUUCCAUUCUUUGAGAAACAAGGGAAGAAAAAAAAAAUCAGAAAAUGCCAAUGCCUUGGUCCUUAUUAUGAUACCAUAAAAAGCUUUGCUAAACUCGAGCCAUAUGUUAAAGUAGAGGGGUAGUCUCUCGUUUCUUAAACUAGAUGAGAGUGUGACGGGGUCACUUGGUUACUACAGGAGAGGUAUGUCUAAUUGACCCUAAAAAUGUUGGCUGCGCAUGUUUCAUUGAGCCGGAUAAACAUACCGCUUUUAUAUAUGGUUAGUUUGAGGGUGUGUCUUUGAACUUUUAAUUUAAAUUAUUAAAGUGGAUUUUGGCGCAGUCAAGAUGGAAUACAUGCCAUUUCAAAUGGAGGGAAUAUCUCUUA